AAGAUGCUGAUCGACGCACAGAAACAGCAGAAGAAAGAAGCUGAGGAUCAAAAGCAUGAGAACGGAGGACUACAGCAGGGACCGGAGGCUCCGGAGGGCGACGAAGUCCCGGGGAAGGCCAAGGCGUCCACUGGCCACAAGCAGAAGGAGGGGCCGGCCGCGGGCGGCGGACACCCUCCGGCUCCAGACGGAGGUUGGGGGUGGGUCGUGGCCGCCGCCGUCGCCUUCAGCGCCGCGUUGAUGAUUAUACCCAUCCUGUCAUUCCCGUUCGUCUUCGCGGACUACCUGCAGCAGCUCGGCGAGGGUGCCGAAGCGAUGACCACCAUUGUCAGCGUCUGGACCUGCGUCAGUUCAUUCAUAGGACUCUUAUGCAACACACUCUUCAGGAGAUUCUCCUUCAGACAGAUUGCAAUGAUGGGCGGCCUGCUAUACGGAUUAGGAAACGGGUGUAUUGCACUUGGGACGUCUCUCGUGCAGUUCAUACUUUGCUCUGUUAUCAUGGGUGCUGGGUCUGGACUCAUCGCACCAGCGAUUUUUACCUCAAUCAAUUCAUAUUUCGACCGCAAAAGGACUUUUGUCAUGGGCUUCGUACAGUUUGCAAUAGGCGUGGGAGGAGUAGGAGUGCCCGUAAUGGCACAAAAACUAGUUGCUGUUCUCGGCUUCAGAACCACUCAGUUUAUAAUCAGUGCGCUUGUUCUGUUGAUUAUACCCGCAGCUCUCCCUAUGAAACCUCUAAGAUAUGAGGAGAAUGAGGGGGGUGCCGACACCCAUCGUAAGUUGACAGACCAGGAAUCCGGACCUCAUGUUGCCGGGGAAGAAAGGAAGGGAGCUAUUGGAAAGAUAGGGGGAGUGGAUUAUGAGAAUGAGGAAGCCAAUCAAGACAGUGAGGAGCAGAAAGAGGCUUACAACGGCCCUAUUAAUCUGGACGAGGAGGAGAGGAUGCCUGCGGAUGACGUGGUGACGCAGCGAGAAGAAAAACGGGAUCUUCUCGAGAAAAGCAACAAUUCUAAUGAGCAGCGGCGCAGCAGCAACGUGGCAAGGAUCAGCGACGCCGUCCUGCGUCCACGCAUCUCUAUUGCCAGCUUCAACAGCAUUCCUUUCCCGGAACAGGACAUGCAGACGACGGAAAACCAGUCCAAAAGGUGGUGGACAGUAAUCAUAGACCUGUUGGAUCUGCGGCUAAUGCAAGACCUCCGAUUCACUAACGUCCUCAUCGGCACGUCGCUGGUCUUCUUCGUAGACAUGAUGUUCAUGACGUUGCUGCCGCUGUACCUGUUCCACAACAACCUCAGCCGCGAGGAAUCCGCAUUCUGCAUGUCAGUGGCGGGCGUGGCGGACCUGCUAGGGCGAUUCACCCUUGUAGUAAUAGGGGCCUGUUGCGUCCCCAACAACAGAAUCGUAUUCCUCAUCAGUGCUGCCGUGUCUGUUCUCCUCAGAACAAUGUACAUCUUCUUCGCGGAUUACACGUCCGUUAUGGUGCUGUCUGCAUUGCUGGGCUACUCCAAGUGCUUUAUCCUGUGCGUCUUCACACUGGUCCUGGGAGAGGUGUGCAGUCCAGAUCGCUUCCCUGCUGCCUUCGGACUGCAGAGUGUCUUCACUGGGCUCCUGAACGUUGUCUUCGGGCCUCUCCUAGGUAAACUAAAGGAUUUGACUGGCAGCUUUAGUUCAAGUAUCUGGGUUCUUACGGUCCUUGGCCUGCUGUGUGUAAUACCGUGGACCCUGGAACUUGCUGUGACUGAAAUAAGAAAACGAAAGAAGAAGGCGCACGUAUGAAAGGAAGCCAAGCAUCUCCUCGACCCUACUCUGAUCAUCGGCAGAAGUCUCCGCCGUACACCGUAUCACCUUGCAGAUAUCAGGACUAGGCCGUAGAUUGUGCUAACUGUUAGUAUUGCCCUGCAUACAUCACCGGAAGACGCGUGAUCUACAUAUGUCUCGCUAGUAACGCGUUAAUUGAGACGAACUUUAAACCAGGAGGUAGAUGUGACAAUGGGCACUUUAAGGACGUGAAUGUCCAUAAGCUCAGCUACUAAAUUAGCGCAGAGAUCGAUUUUAACUGCGCAUUUGACACGCCAUCACCUGUAAAAUGCAACUCGUCUGACGUUUGGCAGUCACGUCGUACCAGUGUUGUGGCGACAUUGUUCGUGAAUUUAUGUGCAGCCCGAUGGUCCUCAGGUCUCAGCUUAAUAAUUCGUCACAUGAAAUGUGCAGAUACACGUACUUUUAUGUUUUUGCUGUACAGAACAAACAUCAUUAACUUAAUAUACGUAUGUAACGCGAAUUUAUUUUCAUUCGAAUACAUUUUGUAAUGUUUUUAGAAUCAA